CGCGCAGCGGCUACAUCGCGAAAUUCCCGGCGCGUCUCAUCCCCAAAUCGCGCAUGUCCCACCGGCCGGUUUUUCCACGGGCGUCCACACGACCCUCGGUGCAGUAGACGCCAGUCGUCGGGUCGCCGAGGGUCGGCCGUCUCUCGUCUCCCGCCGCCGUCUUCGUCAAGUGUCAAUCGCAAAAGGUGCACGAGUGUCGGGGAUUCACAGUGAGACCUGGAUCCUCGUGGGGGUGGAUAGCAGCCCGAGUCGUAGAAAAUUGUAUCCCGCGAAUAUAGACUCGUGCUGGUACGAGUGACGAAGAUUCAAGGCGCGAAGAAGCGGACGCGCACACCACAUCGAUCAGAAAAUCCGGAGAGGUCGGAAGAGGGAUUCCGUCGGAGGAGGGCUGUCUGCCUCCGAGUGUCCAUUUAAACGCUUACGUCUCGUCGGAUUCUCCAUCAGUCGAUUCUCACACGCGAAUCUCACGCGAGAAUCGUUCACGAUCGCUCGCGACUUAGUCCGGAAAUUCCGCCGAGUCGAGAGAGCGGACUUAUCGAAAAUCUAUCAACGGGAGGGACUUCGGUGCUGCUGAGGUGCGAGGAUGCUGAAAAUCCUGAGGAUCGGGGCGACCGGGCUCAGGAGGUUGCACUCCAGCGGGAAGAAGCAUGCUGUGACGUCGUCGACGAUGCUCGGGAACGUGAAAUAUCUGGACGCCGCUUUUGGAGCCGUAAUGGAAUUAGAACGUUCUCAGACACGCGAAUACAGCUUCAUUCAUGACAGCCACUAUAUGUACACCAGAGAUCAGGAUCAAGCUACGAACGCGGAGGAUGUCUUAUUUGAUAUGUUCAAGAACGAGGAGACCGGCCUCUUGUCGGUGGGAAAAUUCCUAGCUGCUCUAAGGACGACCGGCUUGCGGAAGAACGACCCACGGCUUCAGGAAUUCUCCGACAAUUUGAAGAAGGAACACAUCAAAACCGGCGGUCACGAGGGCGCGUCGCACGAAACGCAGAAGCUCGACAGAGAACAAUUCAGAAGACUUAUAAAUCCCAACAUCGUCCUGAUCUCGCGGGCAUUCCGACACCAGUUCAUAAUUCCCGACUGGGCCGGCUUCACCAAACACAUAGAGGAUUUUUACUGGAAAUGCAAGACGAACACUGAGGGCAAAGUGGCUUCCUAUAUACCGCAGCUAGCUAGAAUGAGCCCCGAUUAUUGGGGUGUCUCCGUGUGUACGAUCGACGGCCAGCGAUUCAGCAUCGGCGACACCUCGAUACCGUUCACCCUUCAGAGUUGCAGCAAACCGCUGACCUAUGCGAUAGCAUUGGACAGGCUUGGUCAAGAGGUGGUUCAUCAAUAUGUCGGCCAAGAACCGUCCGGCAGAAACUUCAACGAGCUUGUGUUGGAUUACAACAAGAAACCGCAUAAUCCGAUGAUCAACGCCGGCGCGAUAUUGAUUUGUUCGCUCUUGAAAACUCUGAUUAAGCCGGAAAUGGCGCUGGCUGAGAAAUUCGAUUUCACGAUGGACUAUUUCAAGAGACUGGCCGGCGGCGAGAACCUCGGCUUCAACAACGCGGUCUUCCUGUCGGAACGAGAGGCGGCCGAUCGGAAUUACGCGUUAGGAUUUUACAUGAGGGAGCACAAGUGUUAUCCGGACAAGACGAAUCUACGUGAGAUUAUGGACUUCUACUUUCAGUGCUGCGCCAUGGAAGCGAAUUGCGAGACAAUGGCAGUGAUGGCAGCGACUCUAGCAAAUGGCGGCAUUUGUCCGAUCACCGAGGAGAAGGUCCUAAAACCGGAUAGCGUCCGCGACGUAUUGAGCCUCAUGCAUAGCUGCGGCAUGUACGACUAUAGCGGACAAUUCGCAUUCAAAGUUGGUAUACCGGCGAAAUCCGGCGUAUCGGGCAGCCUCCUGGUGGUAAUUCCGAAUGUUAUGGGAAUUUGUAUGUGGUCUCCGCCUUUAGAUCCGCUUGGAAAUUCCUGCCGCGGAGUCCAGUUUUGCGAGGAACUCGUGCGCGAAUUUAACUUUCACAGGUACGACAAUUUGAAGCACGCUACGAACAAAAAGGAUCCUAGACGGCACAAGUACGAGACGAAAGGCCUCUCGAUCGUUAAUCUCCUGUUCAGCGCUGCCAGCGGUGACGUCACCGCGAUGAGGAGACACCGGCUGAGCGGAAUGGACAUGACUCUGUCGGACUACGACGGCAGAACCGCAUUGCACUUGGCCGCGAGCGAAGGCCAUCUGGAUUGCGUCGAGUUUCUGAUCGAGCAAUGCGGCGUCCCGCACGACCCCAAGGACAGAUGGGGCAAACGACCGGUCGACGAGGCCGAGACCUUCGGGCACAUGCAGGUGGUGGAGUAUCUGAACAACUACGCUUUAGUGCACAAGACCGAACUCGAGAACAAACUCAAGAACGAGUGCAUCGACGACGACAGCGAGCCCUGCAAAACGGCGGAAACGGCGGUGCAAUCGCCGUUACCGUGAACGCCGAGCGGCGACGAAUUUGCGCGAAACUGACGCUCGACGGCUGUGCGAGGGUGGAGACGAAGGGCCGCGUGGAAGCUGUCGCGAGAGACAAGGAAGAGGCGCGAGAAACGAUGUAUUGAUCGUGGUAAUGGGGGGGGGGGG